AUGUCUGUAAAUGAAGAAAUUUUUGUUGAAGAGUGUUUAUUUGAACCUAGCUUUAUAAAUAAUACUUGGAUACCUCAACAAGCUGAUGAAGAUCAGAAUCAAUCUGUAUGUACCACUAGUGUAAAUCAACAUGCUGAUGAAGAUCAGAAUCAAUCUGUAUGUACCACUAGUGUAAAUCAACAUGCUAAUGAAGAUCAGAAUCAAUCUGUAUGUACCACUAGUGUAAAUCAACAUGCUAAUGAAGAUCAGAAUCAAUCUGUAUGUACCACUAGUGUAAAUCAACAUGCUAAUGAAGAUCAGAAUCAAUCUGUAUGUACCACUAGUGUAAAUCAACAUGCUAAUGAAGAUCAGAAUCAAUCUGUAUGUACCACUGGUGUAAAUCAACAUGCUGAUGAUCAGAAUCAAUCUGUAUGUACCUCUGGUGUAAAUCAACAUGCUGAUGAUCAGAAUCAAUCUGUAUGUACCGCAGGUGUAAAUCAACAUGCUGAUGAUCAGAAUCAAUCUGUAUGUACCGCAGGUGUAAAUCAACAUGCUGAUGAUCAGAAUCAAUCUGAAUGUACCGCAGGUGUAAAUCAACAUGCUGAUGAUCAGAAUCAAUCUGAAUGUACCGCAGGUGUAAAUCAACAUGCUGAUGAUCAGAAUCAAUCUGAAUGUACCGCAGGUGUAAAUCAACAUGCUGAUGAUCAGAAUCAAUCUGAAUGUACCGCA